CUUAUACAUAAGUGUACAUUCACCAGACCACCCAGUGCGGGCUGUGGUCCACCAGUGGAACAAGUGGCACAGGGUAGACAGGUUGUUUAUAUUUUUCCCAAGUCAAUAUGUCAGGGACAGAAACCAAGACAGAGGUGUUCACCAUAACUGAGACGGGAGAGCUGGCAGCUGUCAGAGGCGACACAAACAAGAAGAGGUGCUUCUUUGAGAAGUAUGCGCAGCCCUGCCUGGCUGAGCUGUUUGGGACGAGUCUGUUUGUGUUCGUGGGCUGUGCGUCUGUUAUUGGGAAUGUGGAUGCAAGUGGUGUCAUCCAGCCUGCUGUGGCACAUGGACUGGCUCUGGGAGUGCUGAUCAUGGUGUUGGGGCAAAUUAGUGGGGGGCACUUUAACCCUGCAGUGUCUCUGAGCGUCUACCUGUGCGGAGGGAUGGAGCUUCCCCUGCUGGUGCCUUAUGUCAUGGCUCAGAUGUUAGGAGGGAUGGUCGGUGCUGGUUUGACCAAGGCAAUCUACCCCUCUGCUGUGUAUGCUGCUUCCCUCGGAGGAGCCUUUGAACUCGCCAACAACGAUCUGGCUAAAACCACUCUGGCAGAGAUGACGAUGACCCUGUUCCUCACCACGGUGGUGUGCAUGGGGGCCGUCAACAGCCAAACCCGCUCGCCGUGGGCUGGUUUCUGCAUCGGCCUCACCGUCACAGCCAACAUAUUAGCUGGAGGGAUGGUGUCUGGGGCCUGUAUGAACCCUGCCCGAGCCUUCGGCCCUGCAGCGGUCGCCAACCACUGGAACCAUCACUGGAUCUACUGGGUUGGACCCAUUUGUGGUGCGCUGCUUACUGUCAGCUUCACCAGGUUGCUGUUCGGUGACCAGAAGACCCGUGUUGUGUUGAAGUGAAAGUGUAAUUUAUUAAAGAGGAAGACAGAGAGGACUUCAAGACUGACUCGAGGACAGCGUUUCCAUUUGUUUGUUCAUGCAUUACUCAAGAAUCAGACUGUAAUAUUUAAAUUUGUCAGCAAAAUGUGUGCAAAGGUAUUUGUCCUUGACCUGGCUGUUAUUGACCCGGCACCAACUCAGUGACAUGUUUGUAUUUCAAGAUUCAAUAAAGUGUCUGAUGAUGUGAUAGGGAUCUGAUAGCUACUCCUUAAUUGUACCUUACAUGCUCGAUUACUGCUGGAAAAAAGUUGAGAGACAUUUCAUAAUAAAUUCCAUACCUACGAUUUCAUA